GUUCUUCAGGAUGAGUUUCAUGUGGAGCAGCAUCUUUUACAAACCGCGGCUGUGCCUCUCUCCUCCUUCCUGCCGGCUGCUCCACGUCGGCCAGCGGGCCUCCCUCACCAAAGCCUUCUCCGCCCGCGACGUGCAGCUGUUCGCCGAGCUGACGGGCGACAACAACCCCCUCCACCUGGACCCGGCCUACGCCAGCACCACCUCCUUAGAGGCGCCCAUCGUCCACGGCGUGCUCAUCAACGGCCUGAUCUCGGCCGUGCUCGGCACCAGGAUGCCCGGCCGCGGCUGCGUCUUCCUGUACCAGGAGAUCCGCUUCCCGGCGCCGCUCUACAUUGGCGAGGAGGUGCUGGCCGAAGCCGAGGUCCGCAAGAUCAAGAUGUCAUUCGCAUUCAUCGCCGUCACGUGCUCCGUCAGGGACAAGGUGGUGAUGGAGGGGGAGGUGAUGGUGAUGAUGCCCGAGGAGCAGCAGAAGAUGGAGUGAGAGGAGGAGGUCAGAGGUGACGGGUGCAGUGGCGCUUGGCAUCUCUCAAGACUUUUUUUGUAGUUUAUUGAUCCUGUACAUGAAUGACUGAAACAUGAUGUGCGUCUGGACAGAGACGGCUACCAGAGAGACUGAUGAUUUAUUUAGAUGUUUAUUUUGUCAGAUCUGCUCUGUAUUUUCUUUAAUGUGUGAAAUAAAAACUCUAAACAAUCAUUGAAUUUAUUAAAUCCAGUCACGUCUUGUCACGGUCUUAAGUUCAACAGUUUUCAGGUCUGUACUUGUCUCCCUCUGCGUGCCACAUGUCUGUGCUGCUGUCAACAUUCAUGUCCAACGAGGACCAACAGUCUGCUAGUCUUCAGUCCAACCGAUCACCUGAACAGCUGCUUUAGCCGAUGACUUUGUCUCAUCUUAUUUAUUCUAUGUUAAGGGAUGUUAAUCAGCAAGUGGACUGCUUUGGUCGGCAUAUGUCUGGCUAGCCUUGGUUGAACACAUUUGAUUUUUUAACUUUUGUAGCUUUGACCCCCCCCCUCACCUUUUUUAACUGGUUUUAUUCUGGAGGACUUGGAUGCUCUCAGACCCUGAAGACUACAUUUGUUUUGUCCCUCUGUGCCGGCGACACCUUGAUCGUAUUCCUUCCAAUUUGGCACAAACGUCCACUUGCACUCGAGGUUGAACUGGUUAAGAUUUGGUGGCGAAAAGGUCAAGUUCCCUGUGACCUCACAAAAAACACCUUUCUCUUUACAACCUUUGAACUAUUCUUUUCAGCCCAGCUGAGAACAAGACCCAUCUUUACUCUUGUAUGCCAUCCGUUAUGAGUCCAUUUUUCUAUGGACUCUAUUUCCUUCAGUCUACAAUGUUAAACCACUGUCCUGGUCUUGGACGGUCAGCUCUGUGUGAUGUCCUUUUUUCAUGCAAGUAUGAGGAUUUAAAGAGAUAGAUGUCCUCUUUUUAGAUUAUGUCACUGGGU